UUUCCUGGCAGUGGCACCUCUAUCAGAUAUCCCAGAAUGAAUAUCACACCACCUCCACGGAAGCUCAGAGGGAUCGUUGUCCUGAAACUCACCGCGCUCCUCUUCGGGGCCUUGAUGGUCUUGGCCAUGAUAGCUAUCAGCCAAGUCUCGGCGGACCAGCUCUUUGAUUGCAGCGAUCUCCCGGGCAAAAGUCCGUUCUGUGGGACGGCCCACCGGAACCGUGAUCUGGUCACCGUCAUCCCUGCUCCGCCAGUCCCUAGCCCAUCAACGCCCGGACAGCCGUACUCGUGCCAGGACAACAGCAAGAAGAUAUCGAACGGUACCCCCGUCUGCUGUGUCCCGAAAACCGCACGACAAAUAAGUAAAGCUGAAUUCAGACAAAAAUGUUCACGCGAAACAAAGUUCAUACCGGAUGGGAUUCGUUAAAGAAAUCACCGGUAGCCAUCACGCCAUUUGUAUGUUCAUUCCAACCACUGUUUCUGAAGUAAAGUGGUGUAGGUCAGGCACCCGUAUUUUUCACUGGCACCGUGUUAUUUCUUGAAUGUUUAAUUACCAAAGAUUGUGAUACCUUCCAAUGCACUCCAAUAUGAGUGAAGAGAAAUUUGCUUCUGAGAUUUGGAUGCUCCUUUUCCGACUACAUAAUUGAAUCUGGUUAUUUAAUUGUCAGAUUUAUCUACACAAAACUAAUAUGAAUCCGGCCACGCUUUAGCUGAUUUUUCUCCUCCACCUCUAUGAAGGGUUGAUAAUAGUCUAUGUAGAGCUGUUACAAGAAUGAUGCUAAUGAUGAGAACUUAAUGGUAUUGAUCGAUGCUCCGCAGGAUUGGGGCAGUGGGGCCCUAGGUAUUUAGGAUCUAUGUAUUUAUGUAGAUGCAAUAGGCUCGCUGGAUAGAUUCACCUAGGAGCCUAUGUUGGCGGAAUAUUGCGAGGAUAGUCAUCUGAUUGGCCGCGGACACGGGCUAUAUCCAAGCUGUGCUGUGCUCCGGGGUCCCGAGCCGGCAGUUGGGCGGGGGUGCUGUGUAAAU